AACCAAUCCGUCGCGGUGGUUCAGCCAUGGCGAUCAUGGCCGUAGCCGCUCUCUUUCACGCUCGCUUCCCUCUUCUCCUCCGUCUCACUGUCCCGUCUAUCUCGUCUCCGUCUAUCUCGUCUCCGUCUUCUGUUAUCUACUAUCGAAGGACUGUUCCGUCCGAUGGGUUCAGCAACCGAUUACGCUCGAUUCUCCGUUACUCAUCGUCCGACGGCGGCGGCGGAAGUGGCAGUGACGAUUUAGGCGGCGUUAAGGAUUCCGGUAGCGUUGUUUCGGAUGUUCAGAGUCCAAAUUACUUGAAGUUUACGGAUGAAGAGUUGAUGAAGCAAUGCAGAUUAGAGACGUUUAGAGUUUCGGGACCUGGAGGACAACACCGGAACAAGCGUGACUCCGCCGUGCGUCUUAAACAUCUCCCCACCGGAAUCGUAGCUCAGGCCGUCGAGGAUCGUUCACAGCACAAGAAUCGUGCUUCUGCUCUGAAUCGUCUUCGCACGCUUCUCGCCAUCAAAGUGAGGAACAAAGUGGACAUUGAGGCGUAUGCUCCUCCUCCUGAGCUUCUUCAGAUUCUACCUCCUAAGUCCACCAUUAGAACUUCUUCUGGUUCACAGAUUGGUCCCAACAAUCCUAAAUUUGUACCUGGAAUGCAAGCUUUGCUUGACGUUAUUUCUGCUUCUGAUGGUUCUAUUGCCGAUUCUGCCAAAUUGCUUGGUUUGAGCACUGGUGGCUUAUCUCGUUUGAUACUCUCCCAUGAUGGUCUUCGUAUGGCAGUCAAUAGUAUGAGAGCAGCGAAGCAUUAUUUUGUAGGUUUGGUUUCAGUAGUUGAAGUUUAGCUUGGGAAUGAAGGCUCUCAAGUAGUUGGGAUGUAAUGCCAUUUGAAAGAUGAUGUUGGGGCUUUGACGAGUUGUAUUUGGGUAGCUACUGCAGCACCACUAUUUCACAUACCAUAUUUUGUAUAUAAAACAAAGGUUAAAUGUUGAGUUCAGUCUAAAAUUUGUACUUUUAAGAUCAUAGAAAUAGUCACGUAUUUGAGAUGAUAUAUACUAUUGGCGGUUUGCAGUAAUUUUUUGUCCUCUUUGUUAUGAUUUUGUUGGAAGCUAAUACAGUUGAUUUGGAUUAAUUAUA